UUUUACCAUCACCGAGAGCGACGGGAGUGCAGCAACAGCAGCAGCAACAGCAGCAGCCCGGGCAGAGCAGACGCCUGUCCGGAUGGAGGACGAACCGAUCACUUGAUUCGUAUCGGUACUCGUGGCAUGCGGCAUGAUCGGCAUCUGGGAAUCUAGUUAUUUGCAGUAUUUCUUUUGCGGAAAACGGGCUCACGUGGAGAGUGUUUUUCCUGCGCUGUGAUUAUGAUACCAUUAUGUUGCGUGCACAGUCAGCGUGAUUUGCUAUGGUGAUACUACAAGCUAACCCCGAGCUAGCAGAGGGAUUGUUGUGGGAGAUACCUAUUUGAAAAAAAAAAGAAGAAAGAAAAAAAACCCCAACAAAAACUCACACGUUGACACAUGAAUUAGACACUUUUUUGAGAGUUUUCGUCAAGCUGGAACACGAGGGGGAAUGUCUAACCAAGGAGUAAGGAGAAAUGGCCCAGUAAAGCUGCGGUUGACAGUCUUAUGUGCAAAGAACCUCGCAAAGAAAGACUUCUUUCGAUUGCCAGAUCCCUUUGCCAAAGUGGUGGUGGAUGGUUCAGGUCAAUGCCACUCUACAGAUACUGUGAGAAAUACGUUGGACCCAAAGUGGAAUCAACAUUAUGAUCUAUACAUUGGGAAGUCAGAUUCCAUUACUAUCAGCGUAUGGAACCACAAGAAGAUCCACAAAAAGCAGGGCGCAGGGUUCCUCGGCUGUGUCCGCCUCCUGUCCAACGCCAUCAACAGACUCAAAGACACAGGCUAUCAGAGACUGGAUCUGAAUAAACUGGGACCCAAUGACAACGAUACUGUGAGAGGACAGAUAGUAGUAAGUCUUCAGUCCAGAGAUCGCAUCGGGACCGGAGGACCAGUGGUGGACUGCAGUCGCCUCUUUGACAAUGAUUUACCUGACGGGUGGGAAGAAAGGAGGACAGCAUCUGGAAGGAUACAGUACCUGAACCACAUCACGCGCACCACGCAAUGGGAGAGACCCACCAGACCAGCAUCAGAGUACUCCAGCCCAUCAGGGCGUCCGCUGAGCUGCGUGGUGGACGAGAACACACCAGUGAUGACGCCCGUUAACGGUGCCGAAGCCAGCGGCCCUCUGGGCGAACACCGGAUCCAGGAGAGACGGGUUCGAUCGCAGAGGCAUCGUAACUACAUGAGUCGAACACACCUGCAUACGCCGCCUGACCUGCCUGAGGGAUAUGAACAAAGAACAACCCAGCAGGGCCAGGUCUACUUCCUGCAUACACAGACUGGAGUCAGCACCUGGCAUGACCCCCGAGUGCCCAGGGAUUUAAGCAAUGUAAACUGUGAGGAGCUGGGCCCGCUGCCACCCGGCUGGGAGAUCAGGAACACUGCCACCGGCCGUGUCUACUUUGUGGACCACAACAAUCGAACAACACAGUUCACAGACCCACGACUGUCUGCUAACCUGCAUCUAGUGCUCAACAGCCCAAGUCCAAAUGGUUCCCGUGUGGCCAUGGAAAGCCAAAACACUAACCUCAGUCAUCCACCUCAGUUGAAGGACCAGGGUGGUCCUGGGGUCCCUCAGCAAGCUCUCUCCCCGGCCCAGUUGCCCGAAGAGGCAGAGUGCCUGACGGUGCCCAAAUACAAGAGGGAUCUGGUGCAGAAGCUGAAGAUUCUGCGACAGGAACUCUCUCAGCAACAACCCCAGGCCGGACACUGCCGCAUCGAGGUCUGCCGCGAGGAGAUCUUUGAGGAGUCGUACCGGCAGGUGAUGAAGAUGCGUCCGAAAGAUCUUUGGAAAAGACUGAUGAUCAAAUUCCGAGGAGAGGAGGGACUGGAUUAUGGCGGAGUUGCAAGGGAAUGGUUGUACCUGUUGUCCCACGAGAUGCUGAACCCCUACUACGGCCUGUUCCAGUACUCCAGAGACGACAUCUACACUCUGCAGAUCAACCCAGACUCUGCUGUCAACCCAGAGCAUCUGUCGUACUUCCACUUUGUGGGACGCAUCAUGGGCAUGGCGGUGUUUCACGGCCACUACAUCGACGGAGGAUUCACUCUUCCCUUCUACAAACAGCUGCUGGGUAAACCGAUCACGCUGGACGACAUGGAAUCUGUCGACCCUGACCUCCACAACAGUCUCGUCUGGAUUCUGGAUAAUGACAUCACCGGUGUCCUGGACCACACCUUCUGUGUCGAGCACAAUGCCUACGGAGAAAUCAUCCCACAUGAACUGAAGCCCAACGGGAAGAGUAUCCCCGUCACCGAGGACACCAAGAAGGAAUACGUCAGGCUGUAUGUAAACUGGCGUUUCCUUCAUGGCAUCGAGGCUCAGUUCCUGGCCCUGCAGAAAGGCUUCAAUGAGGUUAUUCCGCAGCACCUGCUCAAAUCCUUCGACGAGAAGGAACUGGAGCUGAUCGUGUGUGGCCUGGGGAAGAUCGAUAUCUCUGACUGGAAGUCCAACACCCGUCUGAAGCACUGCACCCCCGACAGCAACAUCGUCAAGUGGUUUUGGAAAGCUGUGGAGUCGUUUGACGAGGAGAGGAGGGCUCGGCUGCUGCAGUUCGUGACCGGCUCAUCCAGAGUCCCACUGCAGGGCUUCAAGGCUUUACAGGGCGCUGCAGGGCCCAGACUCUUCACCAUUCAUCAGAUCGAUGCCAACACCAAUAAUCUGCCCAAAGCCCAUACCUGCUUCAAUCGGAUUGACAUUCCGCCCUACGAGAGCUACGACAAAUUAUACGACAAGCUACUGACGGCGAUCGAGGAGACAUGUGGCUUCGCAGUGGAAUGAGAGCCAAAUGCGAGAGCGUGUUUGCGUGUGAACACGUGUAACUGUGCAGGACUCUGAUAGACUAACUGUCACUGCGACGUGCCGACAGGCUCGAUCAGAGCCGACAGUCUUCCUCUUCUCUCACCACGGUCCACAUUCUUCCCUUAUCGAUAUCUGUUUGAACAGCUGCUAUAAAGUCCUCCCCAACGUGUUUUUCUUUCUUCCUUUUUUUUUGGAUUUAGUUCUUGUGAAAUACAGACAGCAAACUAGGAGCUGCUAAGAGCUGCUUAACAUUUUUUGUUUCUUACCAGGAUUGUAAGUUGGCUUUUUUUUUUUUUUUUUUUUUUUAAACGUCUGCCCGCUUUGCAGUCAGAAAAAUAAUCCAAUCAGACGAGGACUCGUGGUAUCAACUUACACUUUACCAUCUUGCAUAAUGUGUUUCUUUUAAAAAAUCUUCCCAAACAUUCGACAUCCAUGAUUCGCUAUUUUGUUUUGCAGUUUUCACUGACUGAUCCAUGUCAUGCUACUGAAUCUCUAACACUGCAGGUAGCCGUAUCUUUCCCUUGGUAGCCAUCUUAACCUCAACUAAUACACCUUCUAAUCCGCAUGGCUGCAGAGUUGGUGUGCUUCAUCCUGUGGGAGCGCUACAAAUUCAUCCUACCUCAGUGUAAUGCUUCGAUAUUUGACGGGUUUCAUUCCAAAAUGCUAUGUAUCAUCGUUUGGGAGGAUGGCUAAGGUGAUAGAACUCCAAUCCAAAAACGGAAUAGUUUGUACAGUAAAGUGAUCCAUUCAUAGUUAGAUUUUUUUUUUACACCAGCAUCCAUUUUGUACCUGUAAAACCAUAUCAUUUGACCAGUGGACGUAUCAUUUUGAAAUGGAACUCAUGCUGGCUGAUGUGGGUGUAGGUCUGAUGUUUUGUGGCAUUUUUUGAUGGACGGACUCUGGUGAAGAAGAAGGUAUGAAUUCUAUUUUCCCCCUUAAAUCGCUGCAGUGUGGCCACAGCUCUUGUAAACGUGUGUGUGUGUGUGUGUAUGCUUCUGCAUGUGUAUACAAAAGCACAUUUGUAUACAAGGAAAGUAGCUCCCCUUCAUCUCCUCCACCGUGUCCUGCGUGUCACUGCAGACCUAAUUGAACCUCACUGUUUGAGCCUCUUCCUUUUACACAUUCGCUUCUGGCAGUAUGCAUGUUUUAUUUUUGGGUUUUUGGGGUUUUUUUCUUAUCCACUCAAGCUUAACCCAGCACACUUGAUGUCAGAUCAUAUGUGAAAAGGGCACAACUGUCCACACAGGACGAGGCUUGACACAAAGCUAUUCGAGGCAGAUGUCUAUUUCCAGUCACAUCAUCAGUAUAAAUAUUCAGAAGUAUUUCUUUUCCUCUCUCUCUGUUGUCACUUUAGAGCACUUUACAAACUAAGGGGUGAUGGCAGGAGUGCUUUCUUCACGUUAGAUUAAAAUAUAUCACGUUUCAUUUGCUAUACAACUACAUUAGAAAUAUUCAGAGUUAAAAAAAGAAAAAAAAACUAUUAUACACCUGUAAUUUUUCGAGUAUAUAUGUACAAAUACAUAGCUAUUUUGUAUAUUGUUGCUUGUUCUUUCUGUUCAGUUUAAAUGCACGCAUGUUGGUGUCUGCCACAGACCUUUUUGCAUUCUCAGGUGAAGUCGUCCUAUGUUUUUUUUUUUAAUUUUUUUAUUUUACAUUAGGCUCGUAUGUGAGGAGGGGUAAAGCUGGUUGUAACUGAAACUAUAUCGUGGCCCUGCCUUUAAACCCAUUAUAGAAUAAAACCUGGCAGUUUAAAGUGAUGUUUUCUUUUGGUUUGACUAUCGCAUACCUUUAUAGUACAACAUGAAUGACCACAUUUGCAGCUCUGGAUGUCUGCGCCGCUGCGGAACACCUGAUAGCACAGAUGGUAGUAAAGUUUCAUAAAGCAACAUGAAUUUUACAAGCAAAAAAAAAACCCCUGACUGUAUGCUGUUGGUAGAUCCUUUAAAGCUGCAAAUGCUGGAGGUUGACUGCUGCUCAAUUCUGGGUGCUACACAGUAAAAACAUAGUUGAACCAAAAUGAAACGUCACUGAGAAGCAGAGAGGAGCAUCUCCAUCAACAGAGCCUCCAUCCACAAAACCCGCUGCAUGAAUGGAUGCUUGAGAGAUAAAAGCCUAUUUAUUUGCAUAAUUGUUACUCUUAAAAACUUUCCGACUAGGACAAAUCUGUUAAAUAUUCUUUUUUUUUUUUGUAUGCUGCCUGCAUUUAUUUGCAAACAUGAACAGUUUUGUCAGCAGAUACUCCUCGUAUCAAACCUUGAUUUUUUUAUUUUUUUAUUUUUUUUUCAAAUUUGUGGUC